UCUAGGGCAGAAAAAACUGAAGUGUUAAGCGACGAUCUUCUGCAGGUGGAGAAGCGGUUGGACCUGGUCAAACAGGUGACCCACAGCACUCACAAGAAGCUGACGGCCUGCCUGCAGGGUCAGCAAGGGGCUGAAGAGAGAGAGAAGAAAUCAGUCAAGUCUCCCUCGAAAAAGCUCCCACUAACCAUCCUGGCACAAUGUAUGGUAGAAGGAGCUGCUGUGCUAGGGGACGACUCUCUACUAGGGAAGAUGCUGAACCUGUGUGGGGAGACAGAGGAGAAGCUGGCCCAGGAACUGAUUCAGUUUGAGUUCCAGAUAGAGAAGGAUGUGGUGGAGCCUCUCUAUGAGCUGGCUGAGGUGGACAUUCCCAACAUCCAGAAACAGAGGAAACAUUUAGCCAAGCUGGUGCUGGACAUGGACUCAGCUCGCACACGGUUUCACCAGUCGUCCAAGUCCUCCAGUCACCCUAGCAACCUGCAGGCGGGCGGGGCCAAGGGGGAGGCCCUCAGAGAGGAGAUGGAAGAGGCAGCCAAUAGGAUGGAGAUCUGCAGGGAUCAACUAUCAGCGGAUAUGUAUAAUUUUGUGGCCAAAGAAAUAGACUAUGCAAACUACUUUCAGACGCUCAUAGAGAUCCAGGCAGAAUAUCACAGGAAGUCUCUAGAGAUCCUCCAGAGUGUCCUGCCCACCAUUAAAGCUCACCAGGAGGCGUGGGUGGAGAAGCCUUCGUAUGGCAAGGCCCUGGAGGAACACCUGACCAUCAGCAGCAGAGAGAUCGCCUUCCCCAUCGAGGCCUGUGUCACAAUGCUGCUGGAGUGUGGUAUGCAGGAGGAGGGUCUGUUCAGAGUGGCUCCCUCGGCCUCCAAGCUGAAGAAGCUGAAGGCCUCCCUGGACUGUGGUGUUAUGGACGUACAGGAGUAUUCAGCUGACCCUCACGCCAUCGCAGGGGCUCUGAAAUCAUACCUCCGUGAGCUUCCAGAGCCACUGAUGACCAGUGAACUUUACGAGGACUGGAUUCAGGCGUCAAAUAUUCAGGAUAUGGACAAGAGACUACAAGCUCUGCUGGCGGCGUGUGAAAAACUACCAACUGACAACUUCAACAAUUUCAGAUACUUAAUCAAGUUCCUAGCCAAGCUAGGAGAUGAUCAGGACUCCAACAAGAUGACUCCUGGUAACAUGGCCAUAGUUCUGGGUCCCAACCUGCUCUGGACUCACUCCAACGAGAGUGGGAACGUGACAGAGAUGAUGACCACAGUGUCUCUUCAGAUUGUGGGGAUCAUAGAACCCAUCAUACAGCACGCUGACUGGUUCUUCCCUGGAGAUAUUGAGUUUAAUCUGACAGGCUGCUACGGCAGUCCCGUCCACACCAACCACAACUCAAACUACAGCUCCAUGCCUUCGCCAGACAUGGACCAAUCAGAACGCAAGCUGCCGCACGACCAUGGCAGACGCCCACUCAGCGUUGCCACUGACAACAUGAUGCUGGAAUUCUACAAGAAGGAUGGCAUAAGGAAAAUACAAAGUAUGGGUGUCCGGGUGAUGGACACGUCCUGGGUGUCCCGUAAGGGUUCGUCCACCCUGGCCCGUAAGGCCUCGUCCACCCCUCCCAGUGUCCAGGGUCCUGGCUCCCCUGCUGACCACUCCCUCAUCCUGGAGCAGCCUGGAGAGCUGGCCCAGUCCCCCUCACCCCCACCUCAACCUGGGGAAAGGGACCGGAUUGGCUCAGACGACGUGUCGCCCAAUCGGCCGGACUCCUCUCAUGUCUACCCUCCCCCCGGGCCAGGGGAGGUGCGGCCGCCCCCUCCCUACCCCACCUCCACCCUACCCCACCCCGCCCCCCACCACUUCUACCCCCACCCCAAGGUCCUACCCUGUCCUCGCCCCGUGGCCCCAGGGCCAGAGUCCCAGCCCCCCGGCUCCCCUCCUCUCCCGCUGCGAUGGUCUGGCUUCACCCCCCCUCUCCCGCCUCCCACCUCCUCCUCUUCCUCCUCCUCUUCCUCGCUUGACAUCAACUCCAACCCCAAACCCAGCUGCCUGCAUUUCCCCUCCAAACACGGCCUCCCGCACGGCCACCCGCUGCCAGGUGACAUGUCGCUGCCGCCUCAUGCUCCCCUGCCCCCCGAUAUGUGUAAGGCCUCGCCCCUCUACAUGAAAACCCCCCUGGUACUGGCCCGUCAUGACCUGUCCCUGGGCAUGAGCAUGGGCAAUCCCCCUAGCCUGCUGUCCUCCGCCCCCCCGCU